AGUGUGAGUCAGGACUCAGCCGAGCGCAGCGCACCGACACACCGGAGGCGCCACGGUGAACCUCGCAGCCACCGACGGAGCUUUCUCUUCGGGUUAAAACAACAAACAACAAGAAUAAAAAACAAACAAACAAACAAACAAGAAAACAAAAUGUCUGUCCGUCGCUGUCAGUGAACCUCCGGCAUCCAUGGUCUAUUUCCCGGGGAUGCAAGCCGAGGCGCAGAGCGUCAAGCCGGGACAGCUGGAUAUGUUUGACGCGUCGUGGCGGGUGAAGAGCAUUUGGGAUGGGGUGAGGCUGGAGGUGGUGGAGGACCAGAGUCCGGUGGUCCUGCACAGCUUCACACAUCUGGACCCCGACCUGCCGCUGCUGGAGAGCUCGACGCAGGAGAUCGGCGAGGAGGCCGAGGAGGGCGCCAUCUUCACCAUCACGCUGAGGAAGGUGCAGCUCCACCAGUCGGCCAGUAAGGGGCAGCGAUGGCUGGGCGUGGACACGGACUCGGCCCUGAGCCUCUACGAGACCUGCAAGGUGCGGACCAUCAAGGCCGGCACGCUGGAGAGGCUGGUGGAGUACAUGGUGACGGCGUUCAGGGGCAAAGACUCCACCUACGUCACCAUCUUCCUCUGCACCUACCGCUCCUUCGCCACCACCAAGCAGGUGCUGGAUCUCCUGCUCAACAGAUACGCCAAGCUCCAAAAUCUGCCUGCCACCUCUGCACACCGAGUGUCCCAGGACGACUGCACGGAGCUGAGAAACACCGUGUCGUCCAUCCUGGGCGCGUGGCUGGACCAGUACUCGGAGGACUUCUGGAGCCCUCCAGACUACGGCUGCCUGCACCAGCUGCUGUCCUACCUGCACCUCCACUUUCCCGGCUCGGACCUGGAGCGCCGCGCGCGCAACCUGCUGGCCCACUUCCACCGCCGACAGCAGUGUGAGCCUGAUCCUGAUGGGGAGCACAUUGGCUGCCCUUUUGCUACGCAGGAAGAGAGCGGCUUUGAGGACGAGCUUCCUGCUUUCAGCUUCCUGUCCUUUGACCCCAUCAUGGUGGCCGAGCAGUUCACGCUCAUGGACGCGGAUCUGUUCAAGAAGGUGGUGCCGUACCACUGCCUGGGGGGGAUUUGGUCUCAGCGGGACAAGAAGGGCAAGGAGCAUCUGGCUCCCACCAUCAGAGCCACGGUGGCUCAGUUCAACUCGGUCACCAACUGCGUCAUCACCACCUGCCUGAGCAACCCGACGCUGAAGCCCAACCAGAGAGCCCGGCUGCUGGAGCGCUGGAUCGAGGUGGCCAGGGAGUGUCGGAUUCUGAAGAACUUCUCGUCACUGAGAGCCAUCCUGUCCGCGCUGCAGUGCAACGCCAUCCACCGGCUGAAGAGGACCUGGGAGGAGGUGUCCAGGGAAAACUUCCGCACUUUCCGUGAGCUGUCAGAGAUUUUCUCCGACGACAACAACUACUCUCUGAGCCGGGAGCUUCUGGUGAAGGAGGGAACGUCCAAGUUUGCCACUUUGGAGAUCAACCCCAAGCGAGCCCAGAGGAGACACCAGCAGCAGAGAGACCUGGGCGUGAUGCAGGGGACCAUUCCUUACCUGGGCACCUUCCUGACCGACCUGGUGAUGAUGGACACCGCCAUGAAGGAUUACGUGGAGGGAGGCCUGAUCAACUUCGAGAAGAGAAGAAAGGAGUUCGAGGUGAUCGCUCAGAUCAAGCUGCUCCAGUUGGCCUCCAACAACUACAGUUUCACUCAGGACAGCCACUUCAGAGAAUGGUUCGCCAGCGUGGAGAAGCUCAGCGAGGCCGAGAGCUACAACCUGUCCUGUGAGAUCGAGCCUCUGUCCGAGUCGGCCAGCAACACGCUCCGAGCCAAGAAGAACGGAGGCAUCAUGAAGCGCUGGAGCGACCGCCAGCUGACAGAGGCCGGCUGCAGCAGCGGCGCCGGCUCCCAUUCCAAGUCCUUCGACCACUCCCACUACAGGCCGUACCAGGGGGGCGGGGGCGACAGCGGCGACGCCCUCAGCGUCACGUCCGUCAGCUCCAGCGGCUCGGACCUGGAGGACGUCAACGCCAGCUUCCUGUCCGACUCCCCCGAGGGACACGAGAGGAAGACGUCGACGCCCUCGGUGAAACACUCGGUCUCUGCUCUGAGGGAAGGACAGGCAGCGGACACGACCUCCACGGUGCGUUUGUUCUGGGAGUGCACGUCGCUGUCGUCUCUGGACACGUCCGGCAUGGGCUCGGGCUCCGGCUCGGGCUCGGGCUCCAGCAGCGCCUCGUCCUCCUCCGUGUCCUCGUCCACGCCGCUGUCGGCCUCCCGCUCCCACAAGCGCUCGGUGUCGGCCGUGUCCAACUACUCGACGCUGUCGCUGCCGCUCUACAACCAGCAGGUGGACGACUGCUGCAUCAUCCGGGUCAGCCUGGACGUCGAGAACGGCAACAUGUACAAGAGCAUCCUGGUGACAAGUCAGGACAAGACUCCCGCCGUCAUCAGGAAGGCCAUGAUCAAACACAACCUGGAGCGAGAGAAGACCGAGGACUACGAGCUGAUGCAGAAAAUCUCUGAGGAGAAAGAGCUGCGGAUCCCCGACAACGCCAACGUCUUCUACGCCAUGAACUCCACUGCCAACUACGACUUCGUGCUGAAGAAGCGCGGCUUGCCUCGGCCGAUGCGGGCCAAGAAUGUGACGAGCUCCACGCUGCCACGCAUGAAGCAGAAGGGCCUGAAAAUCGCUAAAGGGAUUUUCUAAGGACUUGACGCGCCGUCCCCCCCUCCCCCGAAACCCCCCCACCUGUCACCGCCACCCCCCUCUCAGAACAGACAUUACCACAGGGGGGCCUGUAGGCGGCGCUGCAGGUGGGACUCACCUGAAGUAUCUGAGUUGUGGUCGAAGCUGCUGGACAAAGACUGACUGACAGCCCGGAGGAGAUGGAAAAAAAAAAGAAGAAAAAACUAAACUAAACGGCGACCAAGCAAACUUUCUGUGGAUUAUCUGGACGCAGAGGAAGCACCCGAGCACUUACGAAGAGCCGCGGCGUUUUCGGGAGCCGCCACCGUGAACUUGACGUGGCCGAGAUCCUCCUGAGACGCGGCGCCGCCCGGAGGCCGCCGCGAGGAGGUGGUUCACACGAACAGACGUUUGCAGGAACAGGAAAGAGGAAAAAAAAAAAAAAAAAAAAACAUUUGAGGCUUCAGGUCCUGCAGUGUGUGUCGGCUCGCCGGCCAACACCCCCCCCCCCCUCGACCCCCUCACCCCCACCCCCCCCACUGUGACCGCCUGCAGCUGGUCUGAGUGUCAUGUGAUUGGUUUUGUUGCCUUGUGGAAAAAGCAUGUCCGUGUCCCUCUCUGGUUCAUCGCCUUCGUUUACAUCUGUGUUUACAUCUCGACGUCUUGUGGUCAGCCUCGCAAGAAGCAUUUUCUAAAUUUGAUUUCAUUUUAUUUUUUGUUUAUUUGUUUGUUUUUUUCUGGCUUGCUGAGUGGCUCGGAGGAUUUCUGCAUCUUCACCAUCGAUCAAACAGCUUCAAAAAAAAUCCUCCGCCGCCUUUAUCGCUCUGUCACUCGUUCCUCUCGCCAGCCAGCGUUUCCCAGUUUCCCCCCCGGGUUGCGGUUACCUCUCUUCACUGUUCCAAGCGCCCCCUGCUGGCGUGGCGUGUAAAUACACAAACGAAACAACACGAAGCCGCAGCAGGUAUUCACUAAUUCGUACGCGGCUGCGUGUUCGAAUGUGAUUCUACUUCAGGGAAGUUCAACUUGGUCGUGAGAACACCGCCGCCUUUACCCUCUCAGCCCGGGUCCGCCUGGUGUCACCUGUGUUUUAAAGGGACUACAACACUGAACAGUCGUCCUCCACUCUCUUUUCUUUUCUUCUUUUUUUUUAAAAAAAAAUAACAUCAGGACUUGCAGCUCAAGGGACGAGGAGAGGAUCGGCUCGGACGCCUGAGCACUUACCUGUCGAAAGCUGCCAUGUUCAAAAUGAAAAAAACACAACAACAAAAAAAAAAAAAAAAAAAGAAAGAAAUUGUUGAAGUGGUCUGUGCUGUUUUUAAAUGUAAGGAAACCCAAGUGUGAAAUGGGGACGUGGUGUCCAAAUCCAUUCGGCACAGCCACCAGUCACAUGCCACUGUGUUGUUGUUGUUUUUUUGUUUUUUUGUUUUUUUUUGUUUUGUUUUUUAAUGAAUCAUAACCACUACACCGUAAAGGAUGUGGCAAUCCUGCGAUCGCACUUGACCAGAGCCAACCAGGGACCGAGUCUGAACAGCCAGACCACAAACUGAGUGUACAUAAUCACUUCGAUUAACACCGACUUUGCAGUAUAUCCUUUUUUGAACGGACCAUGAGAUUUUGUUAAUAGAACCAUCACGAGAUAUCGAUAUCCUCCUUUCUUUUGUGCUUUGUACAUUUCUCUUUCUUUCUUUUUUUUUCUUUCUCGCAACUCUCUCUCUCUUUCUGCUCUGAUAUGGUGCUGCUAAUUAUCUUUCUACAGAGGUCGUACAAACUGCACUUCGAAACCGCCACUGCUUUUCUCUUCUCUCCUUCCUGACGAAGAUGGACGUGACCCCCCCCCCCCCACCCCCACCCCCCGAGCCGCCGCCGCGUUGGAGGAGUGACGACAAAAACCAAAAGAGCUCUUCCUCCUAAAAAAAAAAAUCACUUUUUAAUCAAGUUUGACUAAAAUCAGUUUUCGAAAGCCAGUUUUGACACUGGUAUUGAUGUUUUUAGAUUGAAGCUGAUUUUUUUUCUCUAAUAUUCGAUAUCGUCAAACCAUCACCGUCACUGUCUGAUCAAACCAGAGCUGUCACCACGGCAGAGGAAGAAAUAUUCAUCGUUUCUCUGUUCAUUUUCCUCCUGUCGGGGUGGAUUGCAGUGAUAGCAGUGAUAGCGGUGCUUUGUGGGAUACAUAAAAGCUUUUGAAAUGAAGAAGGAGAAAUUAUUCAAGCUGUGCAAAGAAAAUUUAGACAAUGAGAGGUUUUCCGGGCUGCUGCCGCCAACUCGCUCUCAUCGGAUAUUAAAGAAAAGGACAGUUUCAUCCUGAUACAUCAGCAAAACCGAUUUUAAACUCGGCAGCCGUGCUCGGACGCGAGGCGCUCAUUUGGUUUUGUCAGCGGAGGAAGACGCGAUAACUCUGAGGUUUUGUCACUCCUCCAACAUGGCGGCCUGUUUUUCCUCAACAACCGUUAUUAUUAUUAUUAUUAUUAUUGUCUUUCACUUUCUGAAUAUUCGCCUGCAGGCCCGUGUCGCGUGUCCCAACGCGGCCUGUGGGUCUGAUGAGGGCAGAUAACCUGCUGAUUUCUGCAGCGGGGCAGACGGGUCCUCGCUGUCAGGGUUCCUGCGCAGGAGCAGGACAAAGAAAAAUGACAAAUUAUUUCCUGAUCAUUUCCAGAUCCAGAAAACUGUGUUGAUUGUCCAAAAAAAAAAAAAAAAAAUCAUUAGAAUGUCAUUUUGACCUUGUGUCACGUCCCGUGUUGUGUUAGUGUGGAUAAUAAGCUUCAGCUACAGAUAGAAAUGGCAGAGUUUACAGUCAAACUGAGAAAACAUUUCAAAUCGAAUCAAAAAAAAAAAAAAAAGCCAAGAUCUGGAAAAAAGUGUUGGGUUUGAGCUGAAAUGUGUAGGAGCCCUGAUGACAGAGACCAGCAGCUGCCAAACUGCACCACAGGAACACACACACACACACACACACACACACACACUUUAUCUCAUCCAUGACAUGAAGCAUCGUGCUGUCCUACGUCAGUGUCUUUUACCGGAAAAAUCCACCCUCACACACUUUUUCACUUUAUCAAAAAAAAAAAUCAGCUACAGUGAUGAGCCUGUUUCUCCGGCUCCAGCUUGUUGUUGUUGUUUGAUGGUGUAUUUUCUCAUUCCUGUGGAUGGCGUGACGGGACAGGACGAGUCGAGAUGUGAUGUCAUGAGUCAAGACGUGACGUGACGUGACGAGUCGUGACAGGACGGGACGAGUCAAGAUGUGACGUGACGAGUCAUGACGUGACUGGACAAGUCGAGAUGUGAUGUCACAAGUCGAGAUGUGACGUGACGAGUCGUGACGGGACAUGACGGGACAAGUCGAGAUGUGACGUGACGAGUCAUGACGGGACGUGACGAGUCAAGACGUGACGGGACGAGUCGAGUCAAGUCGAGACGUGACGAGUCGUGACGUGACAUGACAUGACGGGACCUGACGUGAUGUGACGUGACGGGACGUGAUGGGACGAGUCAAGAUGUGACGUGAUGGGACGGGACAGGACGGGACGAGUCGAGAUGUGACGGGACGAGUCGAGAUGUGAUGUGACGAGUGGUGACGUGACAUGACGUGAUGGGACGGGACGAGUCGAGAUGUGACGGGACGAGUCGAGAUGUGAUGUGACGAGUGGUGACGUGACGUGACGUGAUGGGACGGGACGAGUCGAGAUGUGACGUGACGUGACGGGACAAGUCGAGAUGUAACGUGACGGGACGAGUCGAGAUGUGACGUGACGAGUCGUGACGUGACGGGACAAGUCGAGAUGUGACGUGACGAGACAUGACAUGACGGGACGAGUCGAGAUGUGACGUGAUGGGACGGGACGGGACGGGACGGGACGUGACGUGACGUGACAUGACAUGACGGGACGAGUCGAGAUGUGACAUAACGAGUGGUGACGUGACAUGACGUGACGGGACAAGUCGAGAUGUGACGUGACGAGUCAUGACGUGACGUGACGGGACGGGACGAGUCGAGAUGUGACGUGACGAGUGGUGACGUGACAUGACGUGACGGGACAAGUCGAGAUGUGACGUGACGAGUCAUGACGUGACGUGACGUGACGGGACGAGUCGAGAUGUGACGUGACGAGUCAUGACGGGACGAGUCGAGAUGUGACGUGACGAGUGGUGACGUGACAAGUGGUGAGGUGACGGGACAUGACGGGACGUGACAUUUUCUCUGUAAUUUUAGGGUUUUUUUUGUUCAUUUUAUAAACUUGCAAUACAGAUUCAGCCUCAUUUUUCUUUUUGUCUCAGUUGAUGAAAAUGGUUUUUAUUUUUCUUUAUUUUUCCAGUUUUCAUUAUUUUCAUCAGUUUAGUUUCCGUUAGCGAUCACGGCCUUGCUCUGAAUGCAUCGCGCCGACGGGACUUGGCGCUGUAUUCGCCGCCUUCCUGAGGGAAAGCAGAUACACCAAAAAACAACAACAAACAAAAAGGACGACUCGAACACAUCGAACAUCCCAGAAACCGUAAAGUGCACGAGGGUGGAGUUUUCCCGUUCACGUGAACUUUCAUAUCACCGAAACAAAACACUAGGUUGCACUUGCAAUCGUUUAUUGCCUUCUGUUGUUAUUAUUAUUAUUGUUCUUAUUGUUUUUUUAAUCUGCAUGAAGUUCAUUUCAGAUUCUCUCUCUUCUAUCUUACGAUCGACUGAAUGAACCGGGAAAAGCUGCGAAAGCAAUAUGGCGACGGGACGGCGGAGGGAUCGGCAGCACGCCUGCUCGCCGACGCCCUCGCGGUUGAACACUGUGACCUUUGACCCCAUCCGCUCCGCCCGUCGUGUCUCUCUGAUUGGCUGUCACGUCGAGCACUGUGAACAACAAAAAAAAAACGUCUCGCCGCCCCCCCUCCUCAACGGCGUCAGGAGUGGAAACGUAAAAAGGGCCCUCGCUCUCGUAGACGCCUCAUUUGUUGUGGGACUCGUUUACAGGCGGGGGGAAGGAGGGGGGAGGAGCAGGGGGGAGGAGGAGGAGGGGGAGGGGAGGAUCGAAGGCUGAACUGAACCCACACGUGCCAAAAAACACACAGAUAUGGGUGGGAGUGUUGCUGUUAAUGGAAGAGUCCUCUGCCUUUCACAGAUUUACAAAAAAAAAAAAAAAAAAAAAGAUCAGUUUGUAUAUUUACUGUUUUGUCGCGUUUUUAUGAGGUAAAAAAAAAAAAAGUGAGAACA